AUGGGCGCUUUGUUAUGGUCGGCUUGCCUUUCUAAUGUUAAGUGUUUUCACCCAUCAAUAAACGACAUUACCGGUGCAUCGUCGUCGGCGCAACAUACAUCUACAACUCCGGAAAACCACCCUUUAGUCUUGGGCGGGGCGCCACCUGUGACGGCUGGGGGCAGCCAAACUUCCGCCACGUUAACAGUCGUCAGUAGUCCUUCGGGAAGUUCAUCAACGGGUGGGCAGCAGCUCGAUUCUACGCCUCAUUCAGUUGAAACUCCUAAUCAGUUGCUCAACGCUCAUCACACUGAUAACAUUUCUGAAGCAGGUGCUACUAACUCAUAUGGUCCAGAAAUGUCAUUCUACGGUCAUCAACGAGUUCAACAUCCUUUAGACCCACCACAAACCACAUCUGAUGAAAUAUCUAUGACUGAAGAUCGUAAAAACUCUCUGUCUAAAAAACGUGGCAUUUUCCCGAAACCAGCCACAAACAUAAUGCGAGCCUGGUUGUUUCAUCACCUAAAGUAUUCUUUUGGUUGGAGUAAUGAGCUCGAUAUGAGCACUGAACAGGUGCCCGACCUUCAGGUGAUGAGUCGCUUUCAAUGGGUUCGCUCAACGAUGACGGUGGUAGGGAAUCAGUGCUCAGCGAUGGUAAUAGCGGUACAAACAACAGCAAAAGAAAAGUACCCAAAGUGUUUUCCAAAGAGGCAAUCACCAAAUUCAGGGCAUGGCUUUUCCAAAACCUCACGGUAUGUUUGA